CAUGGCGGGCCAUACGUGGUUCUGAUAAAUAUAGCUGGCUGUGUAUAAAAGAGUAAUAAACAAACCUUUUGCGUCAUUUUAGUUCGAAUUCGGAAUCCGUGCGGUUCAGUGUUUCGCGAGUUUCCAUUAGUUAUUUCACAUUGUAUUUUGAGAACAAGUUUCGAGGUUUGGAAUAUUAUUAAGAUUCCAAGAUGAAGUUUACAUUACUACGGCAGUGUAUCAAGGAUAAGAAUUUCAGCUCACCACAUAUUUUGUCAGACUGUGACCUCGUGGUGGAUGGAGACAGGUUCUUCAAGGACACCUACAGGAAAAGCGAGUGCCAGUACAUCUUGGGACCUGAUUGCGACAAGUACGCGGAAUUCAUCACCAACAAACUCAGUAUUUUCCUAAACAGUCAUGUCAAAUGCCAUUUUAUAUUUAGAGGCGCCAUAAAAUCGAGCAUAGACAAAAGGAAGGAAAUUCACGAAAGGAUAGUCUAUGAUCAAACUGUCACAAAGAUGAGCUUGGUGUCUCACUUCCAACCGCUUUUCGUCCAAGAUAUUCAGAAACAAGUUCUAGAAGAAAUGGACAUCAAAUAUUUUGUCUGCGAAUAUGAUUCUAUGGAAGCAAUUAUUGGUGUUGCCAAAAAAUUAAAAUGCCCCGUUCUUACGGAUACACUAGAGUACUCCUUGUUUGGUGUGUCUUGCAUUCCAACGCAAUCAGUUCUAUGUGUAAGAGGAUCUAAGACCCUAAUUUGUACAAUCUAUGACAAUGAAAGGGCGAAAAAUGCUAUUGGUGUUUAUAACAAGACGCCAAUGUUAUUGACUUUGCUGAAUGAGAGUGGAAGUUAUUAUGAAGAAGUAAGUGAAUUAACUGAUUAUAUGCCAGGUGACUUUAUAUGGCCAGUUGUGAAAUGGGUAAAACGUCAACGAGAAGGUACUAUGGUCAGUAAAGUUUUAGAACGCAUUCGUGGAGAAGAGGAAAAAGAUGAAUUUAAGAAUGUAUAUGAGAGAAUUCGAAUGCUAUACGAAUAUCCAUUUUGUAAUUUAGCCGUGAAAUAUUUCCAAAGGAACAGAGUUCACGGUCUGUACCGAGAUGAUAAGAAAUGGUUCGCGAAAGGAAUUUCUGAUGGAAGAAUUGCACCGGCCUAUAUUGAUUUGAAACAAGGAGUUGUUCUCGGAUCCACGUUAAUGAAUGACCCCAAGCGUCCGGAUGCUUUAUUGGCAGCUUUAGAAAUUGUCUGUUACAGUCACUGUCUCUUGACAAAUUCACAGAGUUCAACUAUCACUUUUGUCGGUAGACGGGCUGAUAAAACUGUGAUUCAAGAAAUUUAUAGUCGUUGGAAUAAAAAAAUACAACAGAGAGAUAUAUUUACGAAACAACGCGAUGGAAAGAGGUUAAAGAGUGUUUUCACGGAAUUCGUAGAGGAAGUUCUGCCUGGAUCUGAUUUCAGAAAUCAUCUUCUGUUUGUUCCCGUAGAUUGCUGGCUCCUCAUUAUAACUCUAGUCUACUAUAUUGUUAGGAAAAAUAAGGAUUUCAUAAAUGCUGCGUACUGCAUACUUUUGUCGUAUAUCGUUUUAGGGCCAGUGUCAAAAGAGGUUGAUAAAUUAAAAAAGGGUGAGUCAGAUUUACGUCUACAUGAUACGGAUUCUAUGAGUUUUUAUGACAAUUUGAAAUGUAUGUUCAAAAAAGUAGAUCUGCAUCAGAGGUACGACAGUAGCACAGUUCACUCAUUUUCAGAAUUUCAACAUUGUUUACAGUAUAUGAAUUAUUUAAACAAACUUUGCGGUGAAAAUAUCCCCUGUACUGUUUACCACGACACUUACAAUGCGACAUUUAUAUAUAACACUUUAAUGUUUAUGGAAAACAAAAAUCAUUUGAUGAAAUAUUUAAAAAGCAAGGUUGCGGGGUCACGUUGGUUGGAUAUGUAUAAAAAAGUUGUCAGUGGCUUUGAGAAUUGUCUAUCAGCCGUCGAAAAAUUCGAUAAAUAUAAUGUAGAAUCUAGAGUGUCAAUUAAAAUGAAUUACAAAGUUUGGUAAUUAUUAGUAAACCUACCUAAACGGGGCCUAUUACUGGAUUCCCUAUUUUCAUUUUACAUAUCCCCUAUUAAAUGGGACUCGAUGGGAGUCGUGUGACAUAAAUGACGACACAUGUGUGUUACGUACGUAGGUACGUAGGUACAUAAUUUGUGAAAUUAAACUAUUAGGUACGGGUUAAUUAUAUACAUAUAAUACUCAUAUUUAAUAAAGAGACUGCCUCGUUGGCCGAGUGGUCGCAAAUGCGACCGCGGCGGCAAGAAGGCCCGGGUU